AUGAAGUGCUAUGGGGUGGUGACCCAUGUUCUAGGUGACCCUAUGAUCCCUAGCCCACAGGCUGAUGUUCUAGGUGACCCUAUGGGUCAAGGAAGAGCCAUGGGGAAGCCGGAGAAGGGGAUCCAGUACCUGAUCGAGAGGGGGUUCCUGUCCGACACCCCCGUGGGCGUCGCCCACUUCAUCCUGGAGAGGAAGGGGCUGAGCCGGCAGAUGAUCGGCGAGUUCCUGGGCAACCGGCAGAAACAGUUCAACCGCGACGUGCUCGACUGCGUGGUGGACGAGAUGGAUUUCUCGGGGAUGGAGCUGGACGAGGCCCUGCGCAAGUUCCAGUCCCACAUCCGGGUGCAGGGGGAGGCGCAGAAGGUCGAGCGCUUGAUCGAGGCCUUCAGCCAGCGCUACUGUGUGUGUAACGCGGCCCUGCUGCGCCAGUUCCGCAACCCCGACACCAUCUUCAUCCUGGCCUUCGCCAUCAUCCUCCUCAACACCGACAUGUACAGCCCCAGUGUCAAGGCCGAGCGCAAGAUGAAGCUCGAGGACUUCAUCAAGAACCUGCGAGGGGUGGACAACGGCGAGGACAUCCCCCGGGAGAUGCUGGUGGGCAUCUACCAGCGCAUCCAGAGCCGCGAGCUGCGCACCAACGACGACCACGUGUCGCAGGUCCAGGCCGUGGAGCGCAUGAUCGUCGGCAAGAAACCGGUGCUGUCCCUGCCCCACUGAUGUGCUGUCCCUGCCCCACUGAUGUAGCUCUACGAGGUGCCCGACCCCAACCGGCCCCAGCGCCUGGGGCUGCACCAGCGCGAGGUUUUCCUCUUCAACGACCUGCUGGUGGUGACGAAGAUCUUCCAGAAGAAGAAGAUCCUGGUGACCUACAGCUUCCGGCAGAGCUUCCCGCUGGUGGAGAUGCACAUGCAGCUCUUCCAGAACGCCUGUGAGCCCCACGGCGCCUGCGGGGGCACAGCCACGCCCACUGACACAAAGCCACGCCCCCAUAGUGACCCACCCCGGGAACCCCCACACGUGCCUAUAUGGCCACGCCCCCUAGAGCGAAACCACGCCCACACCAGCGCUAUGCCACGCCCCCAAUCGCGUUAA